AGGCAAUGAGUUCUUUCCUUGGAAGUUGGGCACAGCCUCCUCUGAGACAGCUGCUUAGGGAGAACUCAGUAAGCAAGGAGCUGCAGAAAUCCCUCCUAGCAGAGGGUGACUGGUGGGAGGAGUUUUGUUUGCCAAGUAUUGUCAUUUGCUGAGAGAAGGUGUGUACUCAAGAAGGAAUUUUAACCUGGAGGAUUAUUAACUCUUUCGGUCAGCUGGAGAGCAGCUCAGAGAGUUGGAGUUCGUCUUGGAAGUGACUGCUCCAGAAAGUCAGAGAAGUGGGCUCACUUUUUCAUGGGGGACCACCUUGAGAAGGACCAGCAUGCUUUGCUCAACGAAGGAGAAGAGAAUGAGAUGGAGAUAUUUGGCUAUCGGACUCAUGGCUGCCGGCAGACUCUCUGCCUUGCUGGAUCCAUCUUCUCAUUUGGAAUCCUUCCCUGGGUGUUUUACUGGAGACCAGCUUGGCACGUAUGGGCAAAUUGUGUCCCAUGUUGCUUGCAGGAAGCAGACGUCGUGUUGCUGAGGACCACAGAUGAAUUCAAAACUUACUCUUGGAAAAAGGUAAAGUGGAUCUGCCUGUCAUCAUUAAACAGCACGUUCGGUCUUACUCCUGAUCACCCUCUCAUUGCAGAUGAGGAGUACAUCAUUAAUAGAGCCAUACGAAAGCCAGACCUAAAGGUGAGAUGUAUAAAAGUGCAGAAAAUAAGAUAUGUUUGGAACAACUUAGAAGAACAGUUCCAGAAAAUUGGCUCUUUGGAAGAUUGGCUCAGUUCUGCCAAGAUACAUGAAAAAUUUGGAUCAGGCCUAACAGGAGAAGAACAAGAAAUUAGGAGGUUAAUAUGUGGGCCUAAUACUAUUGAUGUAGAAAUCACACCAGUUUGGAAACUGCUCAUCAAGGAGGUUCUAAAUCCAUUUUACAUAUUUCAACUCUUCAGUGUCUGCUUAUGGUUCAAUGAAGACUAUAAGGAAUAUGCUUUAGCCAUCAUAAUCAUGUCUGCCAUUUCCAUAGCUUUCACAGUAUAUGAUCUCAGGGAGCAAUCUGUAAAACUUCACAAUCUAGUUGAGUCACAUAACUGCAUUCCAGUCUCCGUAUGUGGUAGGAAAGCUGGAGUCCAAGAACUGGAGUCACGCCUCCUGGUACCUGGAGAUUUAUUAAUUUUGACAGGGAACAAAGUGCAGAUGCCAUGUGAUGCCGUUCUGAUCGAUGGCAGCUGCGUGGUAGAUGAAGGCAUGCUGACAGGAGAGAGUAUUCCAGUCACUAAAAUGCCAUUACCCAAGAUGGAUAGCUCUGUGCCCUGGAAAACACAGAGUGAAGCUGAUUACAAACGCCACGUCCUCUUCUGUGGAACAGAGGUGAUCCAGGCCAAGGCCGCGAGCUCUGGGAUGGUGAGAGCAGUGGUGCUACAGACAGGUUUCAACACUGCCAAGGGGGACCUCGUGAGAUCCAUUCUCUACCCCAAACCAAUGAAUUUUAAACUCUACAGGGAUGCCAUCAGCUUCCUCCUGUGCCUUGUGGGGACGGCCACCAUCGGCAUGAUCUAUACCCUGUGCGUCUUCGUGCUCAGCAAGGAGCCUCUAGAGGAGGUGGUGAAGAAAGCCCUCGACGUCAUCACAAUCGCAGUGCCCCCUGCUCUGCCUGCGGCCCUGACCACAGGCAUUAUCUACGCCCAGAAGAGGCUAAAGAAGAAAGGCAUCUUCUGUAUUAGCCCCCAGAGGAUCAAUGUGUGUGGACAAUUAAAUCUUGUCUGCUUUGACAAGACAGGGACCUUAACGAGGGAUGGCCUGGACCUCUGGGGAGUUGUGCCCUGUGACGGGAAUGGCUUCCAGGAAGUCCACAGCUUUGCAUCAGGCAAGGCUUUGCCGUGGGGCCCGCUAUGUGCAGCCAUGGCCAGCUGCCACUCUCUGAUCCUUCUCGAUGGGACCAUCCAGGGAGACCCUCUGGACCUCAAAAUGUUUGAAGCUACUACUUGGGAAAUGGCUAUUUCUGGGGACGAUUUCCACCUCAAGGGAGUGCCGGCCCAGGCCCUGGUUGUGAAGCCCUGCAGCACAGCCAGCCAGGUGCCUGUGGAAGGAAUUGCAAUCCUGCACCAGUUCCCAUUCUCAUCAGCCCUGCAAAGGAUGACCGUCAUUGUCCAAGAGAUGGGGGGGGGUCGGCUGGUGUUCAUGAAGGGUGCCCCAGAGAGGGUGGGCAGCUUUUGCCAACCCGAGACAGUACCAACUAGUUUUGUUAGUGAACUUCAGAUUUACACGACACAGGGCUUUCGGGUCAUAGCACUGGCCUACAAGAAGCUGGAUGAUGACUCCCAUACCACUGCCUGGACAAGGGAGGAGGUGGAAUCAAAUCUCAUAUUUCUGGGAUUGCUGAUCUUGGAGAAUCGGUUGAAGGAAGAGACUAAACCUGUCUUGGAAGAGCUCAUCUCAGCCCGGAUAAGGACCGUAAUGAUCACAGGUGACAAUCUUCAGACUGCAAUAACAGUGGCCAGAAAAUCUGGGAUGGUUUCUGAAAGCCAGAAAAUCAUUCUCAUUGAGGCAAAUGAAACCACUGGGUCCUCAUCAGCAGCUAUAUCUUGGAAAUCAGUAGAAGAGAAGAAACACAUCCCAUAUGGGAAUCAGGACAAUUAUAUUAACAUCAGGGAAGAAGUCUCUGAUAAUGGCAGAGAAAGAAGUUACCAUUUUGCCCUAAGUGGAAAAUCCUUUCAUGUUAUUAGUCAGCAUUUCAGCAGCCUGCUGCCAAAGAUACUGAUCAAUGGAACGGUCUUUGCAAGAAUGUCUCCUGGGCAGAAAUCCAAUCUGGUUGAAGAAUUUCAGAAAUUGGAUUACUUUGUAGGUAUGUGCGGCGAUGGAGCCAACGACUGUGGGGCUUUGAAAAUGGCUCAUGUGGGCAUCUCUUUAUCAGAGCAGGAGGCGUCUGUGGCCUCGCCUUUCACUUCUAAAACUCCAAAUAUUGAGUGUGUACCACACCUUAUCAAGGAAGGACGUGCAGCUCUCGUCACCUCGUUUUGCAUGUUUAAGUACAUGGCUUUAUACAGCAUGAUUCAGUAUGUUGGCGUUCUGCUCCUCUACUGGGAGACAAACAGCCUUUCAAAUUAUCAGUUUCUGUUCCAGGAUCUGGCCAUUACAACUCUUAUUGGGGUAACAAUGAAUCUGAGUGGUGCCUACCCCAAGCUGGUGCCUUUCAGGCCUGCAGGACGGCUGAUCUCUCCACCUGUGCUGCUCUCUGUCAUCUUCAACAUCCUCCUCAGCCUGGCCAUGCAUAUUGUGGGCUUCCUCCUGGUUCAGAGGCAGCCUUGGUAUUCCAUGGAGAUGCACAGUGCCUGCACAGUGAAAAAUGAAAGCCUCUUAAUAUAUCCAACUGCUCCAGAGAGCAAUGGAACUAACAGUGCCUUCACAAGCUUUGAGAACACUACUAUAUGGUUCUUGGGGACGAUCAACUGUAUCAUUGUGGCUCUUAUAUUCUCUAAAGGAAAGCCAUUUAGACAGCCAACCUAUACGAACUAUGUAUUUGUCCUUCUGCUGAUCGUACAGCUGGGUGUGUGUCUAUUCAUUCUAUUUGCUGAUAUACCAGACUUAUAUAGGCGUUUUGAUCUGGUCUGCACUCCUGUCCUGUGGCGGGUCUACAUCAUUGUCAUGCUCAGUUUCAAUUUCAUUGUGUCCCUUAUUGUGGAGGAGGCCAUUAUUGAAAACCGGGCCCUGUGGAUGAUAAUCAAAAGGUGUUGUGGCUACCAUUCAAAAAGCCAGUAUCGGAUAUGGCAGAGGGACCUGGCAAAUGACCCCAGCUGGCCACCUAUAAACCAGACCUCCUACUCUGACAUGCCAGGGUGUGGCAGUGGAGUGUCAUACAGCAAUCCCGUAUUUGAGAGCAAUGAAGAACAACUUUAA